AUGCUUCUCCUUCUCAGCGAAUCGGUCUUCAUUAUUCUGUUUUUGCUGGCAAACUUCUGGAAAAUGGUGGAGCUUCCAGAGGGUGACGGUGUGCCCGGAGGCUCUGCCAUUUUGCUGAAGUUCACUGGGAGGCCAUGUUCACGGAAAAAGCGGACAAAGAGACAAGGAGCAGCGGAUGUAGAAAGAGGACAGAAGAACGAGAAGACGCAAGAGAAGAAGCGGAGCUGCGAGGCAAGGAGACUGCAGGGGGCAAUUCAGGGCCUAAAUAAAAGAAUAGAAAUAGUUAAUAUACCUCAAGGUGUCACAGAAGCAGGUCACGACCAGCAAUACACCUUGACUGCAAUUGCAAGGAGGAACCUAGAUCCAUCAUUGUGCCGUAAUACAGAGGAAGCAUUGCUCCAUGCAGUGCGACAUCUGAGCACCGUCAGACUUGACAGAGAAGGAAUAACAACCCUGGCUAAUCUAGACGUUGUGCGAGAGGUGCGCAGUUUGUAUCUCCAGAAGAACCUAAUUAAGAAGAUUGAAAAUUUAGAUGCACUCAAAAAUCUCAGGUUUUUGAGCCUUUCAGGGAAUAGGAUCGAAGAAGUUAUAAACCUCUGUUGUCUGCAAAACCUGAAGUUUCUCGACUUGUCCCACAAUUUGAUACAAAGGAUUAGUGCUGGAGAGUUGCCCCUUGGAUUGCUUAUCUUGGAUUUGACGGGGAACGUCUGCACCCAGAAAAAUGGCUAUAGACAGGAACUACUGGGGGCUUUGCCCCUUCUUCAAGAGCUGGAUGGGGAGGUUGUGAGAGACGGAUCUAGCCCAGAGCCUCAAAUGAGUCAUGAAGGAGAUGAGGACAGUGACGGUGAUGACAUCAGCCUAUGCGGAAACCCAGGAGCGCUCACCUCUCUGUCUCACGAACUGCUUAGACGGUCUCACCAGAGAAGAGAUAGAGCUCUGAAAGAACACCAGCUCCGUCUGGAGGAGCUGAAUGACACCCAAGAUUUAAAAAACCCUGUUUCACCUGGGAGGGAUUCUUCUGUCCCCUUAACUGAGCUAAAUCCCUGCACUUCAGAAUCAUUAGAUAAAUGUAAGAAGGGCCCCCAAAAGCUUCACCCCAGGUCCUCUACUGUAUGCAACAGUAAAGCACAAUGUCACACAAAGGUGAAAAAGAACCUAGAGUCGCCAGUUUCAUCUGAAAAAAAUUCUGUAGGCACCACCGUCGCUGCCAUCCAAGGGUCUAAUGCUAAAUCCUCUGUCAGAGCUAAGACCACAUCAAAUAGUUUUUAUAAGUCAGAAAGGGGUUCUUCCUCAGAACAGAAUAGAUCAGGAGUUGGUCCAAACUUAUCCUUACCUCGGAAAACGCCUCUAAGUGCUCAUUAUCCAAAACCGCACCAGACUGGCCCAAAGUCGUCUAAAACACAAGGGAUGGCUGCUGCUUCUUCUCAACUUGAUCGAAAUGAGAGACAGACCGCAUCCGCCCCUUCAAGAAAACCGAGACCUGUAAAUGCCCCAAUUCCAUCGCAGCUCACGCAGAAAACAGCCGCAUUGUCAACUAAACCGGGACUCAAUCUUCCAGGGGGUAAAAAGAAAUGAUCCAGGGGUAUGAAUGUAUUAUGUAUUAAACAUUAUUUAUUA